AUGAGGGGAAAUCGCGUUGUGGAGUUCCCAGAUGACUUCUGGAUCCCGGUCCCUCUGGACACCGACAACAUCACGUCCCUCAGCCCCUACCUGGUUCCCCAGGAUCACCUAGGAAGCAAAGGACUCUUUUAUUUCAUGUCAGCUUUUAUGUUUCUCCUGUUUGUGGCUGGCACAGCCAUCAACACGCUGACCAUUGCGUGCACCAUCCAAUACAAGAAGCUCCGGUCUCAUCUGAACUACAUCCUGGUGAACCUGUCGGUUGCAAACCUCCUCGUCUCCUCCGUGGGCUCUUUCACCUGCUUCUACUGCUUUGCCUUCAGAUACAUGAUUCUUGGUCCACUUGGGUGCAAGAUUGAAGGAUUUACAGCGACUGUUGGUGGUAUGGUCAGCCUGUGGUCUCUGGCUGUGAUAGCCUUUGAAAGAUGGAUUGUUGUCUGCAAGCCAGUAGGAAACUUUGCCUUCAAAUCCAGCCAUGCCAUAGCUUGCUGUGCUCUAACGUGGGUCUUUGCUUUGAUGGCUGCGAUUCCUCCUCUGGUUGGAUGGAGUAGGUACAUCCCUGAGGGUAUGCAGUGCUCCUGUGGACCAGACUGGUACACAACUGACAACAAGUUCAACAACGAGUCCUAUGUGAUGUUCCUCUUCUGCUUCUGCUUCUCUGUCCCCUUCUUCACCAUCGUUUUCUGCUACUCACAGCUGCUCUUCACGCUGAAAUCGGCAGCAAAGGCUCAAGCGGAGUCUUCCUCCACCCAAAAGGCGGAGAGGGAGGUGACCAGGAUGGUGGUUCUCAUGGUGAUUGGCUUCCUGGUGUGCUGGAUGCCCUACGCUUCCUUUGCUCUCUGGAUUAUAAACAACCGAGGGCAACCGUUCGACCUGAGACUGGCCACCAUACCCUCCUGUCUCUCUAAAGCCUCCACAGUCUACAACCCUGUUAUUUACAUCUUCCUCAAUAAACAGUUCCGCUCAUGCAUAAGGAAGAUGUUGGGGAUGAGUGGAGGUGAUGACGAGGAGUCAUCGACAAGUCAAUCGGUUACUGAAGUCUCUAAAGUUGGACCUGCUUAGAUGCUAUAUCAUAUAUUUACAGUGUAAGAGUGUAAACAGCACUUAAAGUACAAAUACUAUAUGACAAAUGGAAUUAUGUUAUUCCUUUAGAUAAAGAGUUGUUUGCAAAGAAAAUAUAUAUGUAAAUUAAAACCGAAAAAAACAAAACAUUACCCCAGUGAUGAAGUGAUGUCUUUUCUACGAUAUUCACAGCAGGUGCACAGAAGACAAAUUUUGCAUUCUGUCUCAGGUCACGGGAAACCCAUUGUAGUUAUUACACAAGUAACAUUUGAUUGCUUGUGCGAAUGUUUGUAAAGGAGUGUUAAAUCAUGUGCUGUAUAAUUGCUAUGUCAGAUUUCACAUGUGCAUGUAAAAGUCCAAGAUUGACCUAAUUAACAGUGGGGGUACAGCCUGAGGGCUAUAAUCUCUGCUUGGAUCAGAUCGCCAGAUAUUCAGAUAAUUGUGAGAUGAGUACAAUGUAGAAAAGAUGGAGUGCACAAAUGCAAUAAAUAUACCAGUAAAUUGAAUGUUUAUAUCAUCUCCCAUGCUUCUCUUUGCUGAUGUGCCCAUUAGCUGAAGAACGUACAGAAACACAAUGUAUGUUAUAUAGAUCAGAAUCAUUACAUAACACAAACAUACCAAUUCCAUACUCUCCAUGCAUGAUUUUACUGAUUGAAAGAAAAUGAUGGCUAACAUUUCGAAAUGAUGUGCAUACCAAUGAGGAAAAUGAGAGGUAAAGAGUCAGUGACAACCUGAUAAUUAAUCAAAUCAUAAAUGAGUAGUUCCUGAUCAAACUCUGAAUUUAGGAGCACAUGUCACAUGCGAUAAUAUACUGGAGGACAGACUUGGAGGUACCACAUUAAUGAAUCAUCAUUAAUCAUAGUUAAUGAUUACCUGUGAAAACGCAGGGAUGGCCCCUUUCUUCAUAAGUUGUUACUGAUUAUCUCUGAAUGCAGUCCAUCCAUUAUCUAUCAUGCUUAUCUCUUUGAGGAUCGAAGGGAGAGCUGGAGCCCAUUCCAGCUACAGUGGGCAAGAGGCGGAGUAAACCCUGGUCCCCAGUCCUUCACAGGGCCAACAUACAGAGGCAAACAACCAAUCAAAUUCACACCUACAGUCAAUUUACAGUGUGUAAUUAAUAUAACCCAAAUCUCCAUGUGGAAGGAAGCCGGUGUACCUGGAGUGAACCCAUACAGAAAUAUGGAGAAGACAUAGAAAACCCUGGCUAGAGUGGGAUAGAGAUGGUGCACUUCUAAACCUGCAUCAUCGAGUCCAUCCUCACCUCCGCCAUCACCAUCUGGUUCGCUGCUGCCACUGCAAACGACAAAAGGAGGCUGCAGCGUAUCAUCCGUUUUGUUGAGAAGGUGAUUGCCUGCAAUCUGCCAUCUCUAGAGGACCUGUUUGCCUCGAGGACCCUGAGGCGUGCAGGCAAGAUUGUGGCUGAUCCUUCCCACCCGGGUCACAAACACUUUGAGGUUCUUCUUCUUGUUACAUUAACACCGUUUUAUUACAUUACAUUACAUUACAUUACAUUACAUUACAUUACAUUACAUUACAUUACAUUUCAUUUAGCUGACGCUUUUAUCCAAAGCGACUUGCAAUAAGUGCAUCAACCCCGAGGGUACAGACCCAGAACAACAAGAAUCAAGAAAGUAUAUUGCACAUUGCACAUCCUCAUUCUCUCCUGUUUUGCAUUUAUAUCUUGUAUUUAUUUUGUUUUGUUUGUUUUGUGAGUUAUUUCUUUCUUAUGUGAAGUACUUAUUGUGUGUUUGUAGUACUUAUUGUGUUUUUAUGUUCUAUGUUCAAUGUAUGCACCUUCUUUACCCCAAAAAAAUCUGAUUCUGAUUCUGAUUCUGAUUAGAACAGGUAACCAUCACGUGAUCACGUGACUGGUUUGCAUUGAGCCAUGUUUAAGUGUUGCUUCGAGAACAUCACAGCUCAUUCUGUCUCUGAUAAGAGUGAGUUACUGUGCUGAAGAAAAUACUGAAAGUUUGAAAUAUGCUUUUAAGUCAUGUCCAUCACCUUUGCACAAGAAAUUAUAUAUA